GCGGGGCGAGCACAUAUGCGAUGGGGCGGCGCUCAGAAACCACAAACUCCACCCAAACCUUUCUGUACAAGCCCCGCCCAUCCUGCCCUGCGCCUCUCAUUCUCUCUGUUUCACCGCUCAGUCUCCCGCACCCACCGGCACCGAGAGCUCUGGGAUCGCACGAACCCCAUUACCAUGGACCCAGCGGCUCCUGCCACCCGGAUGACGUCCUCCUUCACCAUCAACAUUUCAACCCCAUCCUUUUAUAACCCCCCAAAGAAAUUUGCACCUGUGGUUCCGCCCAAGCCCAAGAUUAACCCAUUUAAGGCCCCGGAAGAGCCACAGUCUUUAGUUCCUCAGGAGAAUUCUGCUGGGCCUGGGCUGCACCAGGCGUUUGUGGGGAAAGUUGGGGAAAUGCCCCCUGGGGUUGACCAUGACGAUUUUGUCCUGCCUCCACCACCACCGAGUGAGGAAUCAAUCUCACCCCCCAGCUCUUCUUUCCCCCCACCCCCACCCUCUUUUGGAGAUGAGGGACUGGGUUCUCCCUCUGGUGGUUCAUUCCCACCCCCUCCCCCACCUGAGUUUUCCGAGCCCUUCCCACCUCCCAUAGAGGAAUUCUUUCCUUCUCCGCCCCCGCUGGAGGAAUGUGUGAGUGACACUCAGGACCUCCCUGUACCAGUCCCGCCUCCCCCUCCUCCUCCUCUUCCUUCCCCACCUGCUCCUCCUCCUCCUAGACCUUCUGCUCCUUGCGAGGCACCCAAACCUGCACCAGUUUUUCCCAAGUCGCCUCCUCCUCCUGCUUUCCCUAAACCCGAGCCCCCAUCUGUGGCCCCCAAGGCUGCAUCCUCCGUUUUCAUCCCUAAGCCCAGUGCCCCAAUGGCAGUUGCCCCAAAGCCUCUUGCCCCCCCACCUGUUGCUGCUAAACCCUCUGGCCCAGUCUCUUUUGCACCCCCAUCACCUGCUCCUCACACUUUCUCUCCUGCCCCUUCUGCCCCUGCUCAGACGUUCUCCCCUAAGACAGUUACAUUUUCACCCAAAUCUGCACCUCAUACAUUUAUGCCAAAGCCUUCGGCCCCAGUGACAUACCCCCAAAAAACCACAGAACCCCCAGCAGAAGCAUCUCAGUCAAGUCCCAAAGUGACACCUGCAGCCAAACAUGAAGCUCCUCCCCCUACAGUUCCAUCAGGGGGUCGAGCACCCGGGUUCAGCUUUGCACAGCAGCGAGAGAGACCCCGAGUCCUGGAAAAGCCAAGAGCAAAUCUUCAGGGGUCAGAACCAGAACAUGAGCCUACGGUGGAGGUCCAAGUGGAGAGAACGAGAAGUUUGGGGCCACAGACAGAGAGUGGGAGAAGCCCAGGAGCUCAGUCCACUGGGGGAAAGGACAUGAAACCCCUCCCUGAAGGACUAAGGAGCCAAAAGCCAAUGUCUGACGGGAUCCACAGAACCGGAGGACAGCACAGUGGCCACAAAGUGACCGGGCAGCAGGACCAAACGUUGGGCUCCCAAGGGCUGAACAUGAAGGAGGUAGAGGAGCUGGAGAUGUUGACCCAACAGCUCAUGAGAGAGAUGGACAAGCCACCUACAGCCGAGGCGCACUCUAUGGAACUCUGUGGCUUCUGUGGGCGGGGCCUGUCUCGGACAGAAACGGUUGUACGAGCUGGAGAGCAUUUAUACCACGUGGCGUGUUUCACCUGCUCCAGGUGUGAUCAGCAGCUCCAGGGGCAGCAGUACUACGAGAGCGCGGGCAAGCCGCUGUGUGACGAGUGUUACCAGGACACACUCGAGUGCUGCGCUGUUUGUGACAAGAAGAUCACAGAGCGUUUGCUGAAGGCCAUUGGGAAAUCCUAUCACCCCUCGUGUUUCACUUGUGCCGUGUGUAAGUGCUCCCUCCAGGGCGAACCCUUCAUUGUGGACGACAACAAACUGCCGCACUGUGUGAACGACUAUCACCGGCGAUACGCCCCCCGCUGUUGUGUUUGUGGAGACCCCAUUGCCCCAGAACCCGGGCGGGACGAGACAGUGAGGGUGGUGGCGCUGGAGAAGAACUUCCAUAUGAUGUGCUACAAGUGUGAGGACUGCGGUUGCCCCCUCUCCAUUGAGGCGGAUGAUGCCGGCUGCUUCCCUUUGGACGGCCAUGUUUUGUGCAAGAAGUGCCACACUGUUCGUGCCCGCGCUGCCCUGGGAUGACCCCCCACUUCCUAGUUCUGGCUACAGAAUCCAGCAAAUCAUCAUUCUGUGGCCCUCAAGACUCUGGGACCCUUCUGACACUCCGGCCGCCUUGCUGCUUCUCACGUAGUCCAGCCAUUAGCCACUUUCAGCUUCAGUGGCAGAUCCUGGUGGGCAGCUGCUGGUUUGCUGCUAGUACAUAGAUUAUGUGGCAGUUAGCUGGGAAGCUCAUCUCAUUGCUUGCACUCUCUCUGCCCUCCAUCUAUGCACGCCACUAUUACAGGGCACCCCACAGGGCAGUUCUUUUUUUAUGGUGGAAGGGGGGGACUGGCUGUGAAGGUUCCAGCAGGGUCUAACUCCUGCCCCGGGCACAGAGAGGGGCCGAGGGGGGAUGCUUGAUUAUGAGAAGGAAUGCAUCGAUGCGCCACAAAUGAUUUUUUAUGGUGUGUCGGAUUUUUUUUCCUGUUUUUUUUUUUUUUUUAUGGGGGGGAUUUUAUUGACCAAUAAACUCUUUUGUACAAACAGUCGUUUGUCAGUUAGGAUUUCCUGUCCAAUGGGAGAGCAUUUCUUCUCUGAAAGUCUGUCUGUCCUAUUAUUCUGUGUGGGGUUUGGCACAUUCUGAUUGGUUCCCUGAGUAAACGCACCUGCCAUGUAAAGUGUUUGCCCCCCUCUAGUCAGUGCUGUAUGACAAACAAAGGGUUAAUAUGUUUGGUUGACGAGAAAUAAACCAGUGGCACCUC